AACCCUAUUCAGGAUGCUUUCCCUGGUUUCCAGAUCCCAACUUGAUCCGAGUGACGCUUUCCGCAGAGCCCCAGAGGGAAGAAGCUCUUCGAGGCUCCGUUGAUGCCUAAUUGUGCGAACCGGAGACGAGUGGAAGCUUGGGGACAUUGAAGAGGUGGUGACUGUGGAGAUGGACUUGGUUGAAGUGCCCCAGAAAAGAGCUCUGUCUUCCCAGGACUCCCUCCUUUCCCACGAGAAGAGUGCGGAAGGAGAAGUGGCCGCUCUGAGACUCACAGCCAAGUCCCAGGAAACCGUGACAUUCAAGGAUGUGGCCAUGGACUUUACACCAGAGGAGUGGGGGAAACUGGAUCCUGCCCACAGGGACGUGAUGCUGGAGAACUACAGGAACCUGGUCUCGCUUUGGCUUCCCGUUUCCAAGCCUGAUAACUAUAAUUUGGAUGAUGGAAAAGAACGAUUGAAGCUUGAGAAAAAACCUCCCAAAGGCAGUCACUCAGAUGUGGAAAUUAGACCUGAGAGCAAGGAUUCAACUUCGGUGCAAGAGUUUUCCACAGAAGAAUCAGGCCAGGUUACAAGAGCAGAAAAGCGGACAGGAAAUCCCGUUUCUGACUGCCCCUUGGAAACGGCUCAUGAUGGAGAACACUGGCUAGAGCGUCAGCAAGGGAGCCGGGAAAAGGACUUAGGACAAAUGCUCACUCGCCUGAACUCACUUCCUGUGGAGAAGCAUCGCGAACAGGAUAUCUGUUGGGAAAAUGACAGUCAUAAGUCUCUCCUGAUGGCCGAGGAGAGAGUUCCCAAAGGGCCCUAUGACUUCCAGACACUUGGGGAAAGACUGAAGCAGAAAUCAGGCUUAAUGAAAAAGCAGAGAGCUCCUAAGGAGAAAAAGCCUCAUAAGUGCGGUGACUGUGGUGAGCUCUUUACGUACCACUCCGUCCUCAUUCGACACCAGCGCGUUCACACUGGGGAGAAACCCUACACCUGCGGUGAGUGUGCCAAGUCCUUUAGCCACAGAGCCAAUCUAACUAAGCACCAGAGAACUCACACCAGAAUUCUCUUCGAGUGCCGUGAAUGCAAGAAAACCUUCCUGGAAAGCUCAUCCCUCGCUGUCCAUCAGCGAGUUCACGGCGGAGAGAGACCUUACGAGUGCAGCGAGUGCGGGAAAGGUUUUAACCGGAGCACACACCUCGCCCAGCAUCAGCUGAUUCACACUGGGGUGAAGCCCUAUGAAUGUAACGAAUGCGAUAAAGCUUUCAUUCAUUCGUCAGCGCUCAUCAAACAUCAAAGAACUCAUACUGGAGAGAAGCCCUAUAAGUGUCAGGAGUGUGGGAAAGCCUUUAGUCAUUGCUCCUCCCUUACGAAGCACCAGAGAGUUCACACGGGAGAAAAGCCCUACGAGUGUAGCGAGUGUGGGAAAACCUUCAGUCAGAGCACGCACCUCGUUCAGCACCAGAGAAUUCACACUGGGGAGAAGCCCUAUGAAUGUCAUGAGUGUGGGAAAACCUUUAGCCGGAGCUCAAAUUUUGCCAAGCAUCAAAGAAUUCAUGUUGGAAAGAAGCCCUACAAGUGCGGAGAGUGCGGGAAAGCCUUCAUUCAUUCGUCAGCUCUUAUUCAGCACCAGAGAACUCACACUGCAGAGAGACCUUUUAGAUGUAACGAAUGUGGGAAGAGCUUUAAGUGCAGUUCAUCCCUCAUCCGACAUCAAAGAGUUCACACUGAAGAGCAACCCAGAAAACUUACUGGCUGUUAAGAGAUGUAAGCUGGCUUUAUCACUGUGUUUAAUAUUUGAAUAUUUAAGUGGAAGGCCCAUAAUAGGACCCUUGGGAGCUUUUGUAUAUGUAAGUGAUUUCACUCGUCCAGUGUAUAAAUUUGAACAACAGAUAAUGAAAACCUCUGGAUCUAGGUCUCAAAAUUUUUUAUUCCCAGUUUUCCAAAUACCCAAUAUUUUAAAAGUUCUGACUAUAGAUCUCAAAUUUUUUAUUUCCAAAAUUUCUAAUACCCUGUUCUUUUUUGAUUCAAGAAAUGUUUGGGAGGCAGUAGUAAGAGCAGGGCCUGCUGGAGCCUUUCAUUUAGUAAGGAAAUCUUAUUUUGUAAGUUAGGCUUGAGACUUAACAGCCUUAUCCUUGGGAAGACACAGUCAUUGCUCUGAACUCAGAGAGACACAUGCUAUUAUUUUCUUAGAAAGUAAUUUCUGUGUUAGAAAGGAAAGGUUGAGAGGUUAAAGUUGCUUGGGAUUCCACCCCUACAAAGUGCUGUCUAAUUUGAUGAACAUAACUAACAUGUAUUUAUAAUCGGUUCUAAGUUAGGUUUACAUGAAGAACAUUGGUCAUUGAUUCUCAUGAAUCACACUGUUAUCCCUUUGUUUUGAAGAUUCAUUUUCUAGUUCCCUUGGAGUUACCCUAAAGUACUUAAUGGAUCAGAGUCUUCACUUUUGUUUGCCAGGGUCCUUUCUGCCCAUCUUGGCACUGAUGGAGCACUCGGUUUUUAUAAUCAGAUCAUCGGGGAGAGUUCGUUCCUCAACAUUAUUUAGCUUUCUGUGAACUAUGCUCUGUCACUUUUAGAAAACUCCCUAAGUGUAUUGUAAUUUGAAUAUAUCUGAAAAGUCGAUAGGGGUCAAUGCAUUAUUUUAUUUGGGGCCCCAGUCAAGAAGAGAGCUGAAGGAACUAUGAGGCACCAUGGCAAACUUUCCUCUCAAGUAUGGGAAAAGCUCACAGGACAAGCCUGAAGUGACUUGCCUGAAGAUAAACAUCUUUCUUCCUUCCAUUUAUCUGGAUUUCAUGUUUUACUCACGUUAUUUUGUUAUUCUUCCAUACAUUGGUUGGUCAUUAUUCUUGACCUCUUAAGUAAACAUGGCAUGAAGUCA